AAGAGGCUUUUGGGUCCCACAACAAUGUCUUUGUGGUUUGGGCCAGUUCCUCCUGUCCCAGCUUUCCACCCUUCAACCUCCGGCUCGAAGCGGACCCAGUCCUAACAUGUGUACGCAGUGGUGAAAUCCAUAGUUGCCAUAUGUAGUGUCACCAACCUACGUACAGCAUCGUUGCUGGGCCCCGCGUACGAUUCGAUUCUCGGCGAACGCAGGAUUUCCCUCCUUGCUUUUUCUUGCCGCGUCGUGGGACGGUUGGAUGGGCUGGAAGCGAGACAGCCUCGAUUCUUGUUUGCCCGUUGGGUGCUCGAAAGGUUCAUAAAAGCUCAUAUUUCCCCCUCAGAUAUUUUGCCCAUGCAAGAGAGUCCUCUGGGACAGAAAAGCAAUAUCAAGCUUCAAGCCCCAUCAUCAUACCGAGCGAUCUCCCGCACGUAUUAAUCCAUCCGUCCAUUCGUUUCCCCUUUGCAAAAUGGCAACCCUCCUGCCAUACCGCGGCGACACUUCCAUCUUCUAUCGACAAAAGCCGGGUCUCGGUAUCGUCCUUAAAUCGCCUAUGUAUGUCGGUGAGGAUGUCGCCAAUAGAACGGACUUGAUCCACGACAUUGCAGGCUGCUUCUGGGUGGAGCGGCGCAUAUAUGAAAGGCUGGGACAUCACCCCAGAAUCGUCAGAUAUAUCGGGUACCAAAGUAGGCCGGGCGACCCUGAAGGCUUAAUCCUCGCUGAAGCCAACCUCGGAAAUCUGCAGGCAUUCAUUGACCAAAGGAACGGAUCCAUCAAACUUUCUCUACGCCUGAAGUGGUGCCUCCAAACGGCUGAGGCCGUCACGUACAUUCAUGAGCGCGGCGUGAUACACUCAGAUCUACGCCUCGAAAACAUCCUCGUGCAUGCAAGCGCAACCGUAACCGGCGCAUCGCUUGAUCUCUUGCUCUGCGACUUUGGUGGCUCCACUUGUGAAGAGCUGAAUUUGGAUGGCGGGCGUCUCCCUGAAGAUCCCUUCUAUGACCCCAACAGACCACGUGUGUCUACGAUAGCCACAGAUAUCUUCAGUCUUGGAUCGAUUUUCUACACGAUUCUGACAGGGAGAUGGCCCCUUCAGCAGUCUGACUCGAUGUCGACGGCAGAAGAUAAGUUCAGUUAUCAGAGAAGAGUGAACUUCUGUUUUCGAAGGGGGCAGUUCCCAGACGUGUCUGGGAUGAUGCUUGGGGAGGUUGUCAUGGGCUGUUGGACACAUAAGUAUCUGACGGCGGGGGCUGUGCUGCGCGCUCUCUAUGCAGAACUAUGA